CUCUGCACGGAUACAAAAGGCUCGGUUGGCUUUUGCCAAUUUACACCACCUAUGGCGCCACCGUGAUAUCCGUUUGUCUAUUAAGGGUCGCGUGUACUCAACAGCAGUCCGGUCUGUUCUACUGUAUGGCUGUGAAACAUGGCCAUUGAAGGUGGAAGACACGAGAAGGCUUCAAGUGUUUGACCACCGUUGCUUUCAUAAUAUAGGCCGUAUUGCGUGGUGUCAGCACGUGAGUAAUGCAGAAAGUCAGGUGUAGAGUUUUAGGGAGAAGAGGUAAAUCAGUUGACGAGGUUAUGAACCUUCAUCGACUGAGAUGGUUGGGACACGUACUACAUAUGCCUAGUCACCGAUUGCCUUGUCACACAAUGUUGGCUGAGGUGGGUCCAGGCUGGAAAAAGGCUCGAGGUGGCCAGACUAAAACAUGGCAUCAAUGCUUGAAGUCUUUGACUGUUGGUUUGAGCCAUUUGGGGCGAUACAGACUAGGUGGUUGGGGUUCGCGGGACAAGAGGAACCAGUGGUUGGAGACUCUAGAUGAUAUGGCUCAGAACCGAUGUCAGAAGCGCAGAUGUAUACACACAUUAUCCUCAUCUUAACAAUACCGAUCCUCACCAUUUUCUCAUUCUUCCUUUCCUUUCUUCUCGUACUUUAUAUUUCUUUUGACU